CAUCAAUCACUUCAAUCAUCUCCUUCAUAAGGUUAGGACGAAGAUCUAGGUAAAGAGUCAAAAUGGCCAAAAUCAAAACCCUAUUUUUUCUGUUCGCUAUUCUGGUUUCAUCUACAAUAAUCUUGGCACAAGAACAAAGUGAAUCAAGUGAAUCUUCAAAUGAUUCUGAAGCAUCGUCUGCCACUCCGGAGGAUCAGCCUGAAAGCAAAGAAGUAGGUCCGGUGGGUCCAGAACCCAAAAGCCCACAAUUAAAUUACUUUUUUGGUAGCCUUUCUCGUCCAAAAAGGUCAGCGCAAAGAGAGAAUCGUAGGCGGAAUAGGGUCAACAGAGCCAACGGAAAUAAUAACAAUGGUGGGAAUAACAGAAGGAACAGGAACUACAGACGUAAUAAUGGGAACAUUCGGCGCAACAACCGAGGCAACAAUAGGGGCAACAGUAGGAACAUGAACAGGGGCAAUAACAGACGUAAUAACAGAGGAAACAACAGGGGCAACAACAGGGGUAAUAACGGAGGCAACAGCAGAGGUAACAACAGGGGCGAAAAUAACAGGGGCAAUAACCGUAAUAAUUUCAGAUGCAAUUACAGGAGACAGGGUAAUUCUAUGUGCACAUCGUGCACUUCAGUCCGCCGUUGCAAUCGUAACAACUUAGGUAGGGAUAUUAAUUGCAGCGGUCGCACUCCAUACUGCAGGAAUGGCCGGUGUUCCAAGAGAAAAGGAGCACUUUGUGGCAAUACUUCUACAACAAGUGAUGAUUCUGACGAAGAUUCUACUUCUUCUGGUGGAGGUUCUGGAUCUUCAUCCGGCUCGUCGGGUACGACAAAAUCGAAUCGAUCGUCCACCUCGUCAGGAUCAUCAGACUCGUCCGAUUCUAGCUCUUCCAGCUCUUCAGGAUCAUCAAGUUCAUCAUCCUCUUCUAGUACUACAACUGCAUCAGAUAACGACAAUUCAUCCACCAAGAAGGGCUCAAAUUCGGACACCACUAGUACUAAAGGCUCGGAUUCGGACACAACUAGUACCAAAGGCUCAGACACUACUAGCACUAGUACCACAAGCUCAAGCACAACUACUACGACUAGCACGACUGAAUCAUCUAGUGACUCUGACUCAAAUAGUGACUCUGACUCAUCUAGCUCUUCAAGCACUAGUUCAUCUACUUCAUCUGACUCAACUAGCACGUCAGGCUCUACCAGUACUACUAGUACAUCGGGCUCAACUAGUACGUCAGACUCAACCAGUACCACAAGUACAUCUGACUCUACCAGCACGUCAGAUUCAACAAGCACUACAAGUACUUCAGACUCUACUAGUACGUCUGACUCAACGAGCACUACAAGCACAUCUGACUCUACUAGCACGUCAGACUCAACCAGUACCACUAGUACAUCUGAUUCAACUAGCACUUCAGACUCAACCAGUACUAAAAGUACAUCGGACUCAACUAGUACGUCAGACUCAUCAAGUACAACCAGUACAACGGACUCUACUUGUACGUCAGACUCAACCAGUACCACCAGUACAUCUGAUUCAACUAGCACUUCAGACUCAACCAGCACUACAAGUACAUCGGACUCAACCAGUACAUCAGACUCAACUAGUACAACCAGUACAACGGACUCUACUAGUACGUCAGACUCAACCAGUACCACCAGUACAUCUGAUUCAACUAGCACCUCAGACUCGACCAGCACUACAAGUACAUCGGACUCAACUAGUACAUCAGACUCAACAAGUACAACCAGUACAACGGACUCUACUAGUACGUCAGACUCAACUAGUACCACUAGUACAUCCGACUCCACGAGUACCUCAACUUCAACUUCCACUACUAGUAGUGAUGAUGAGGAAGAUGAUAGCUCCGUCACGAGUCCAUACCAACCGCAUGUUUCAUCUACAAUUAUUUUGGCUCAAGAACAAAGUGAUUCAACUGAAUCCUCAAACGAUUCUGAAGCAACUUCUGCCGCUUCCAAUGAUCAGCCUGAAAGCAAAGAAGUAGGCCCUGCGGGUCCUGUACCCAAAGGCCCGCAGUUAACUGACAUUUUUGGAGGGCUUUCUCGUCCUAAAAGGUCUGCACAAAGACAAAAUCGCAGGCGUAACAACGGUAAUAAUAACAAUGGCGGAAAUAACAGACGUAGUAGACUGAACGGUCGUAAUAAUGGGAAUAAUAGACGCGGUAGCAGGGGUAACAGUGGAGGCAACAACAGGCGCGUCAACAGAGGCAGCAACAGGCGUGCCAACAGAGGCAACAAUAGGGGCAAUAACAGAGGCAAUAACAGGGGCAAUAACAGAGGCAAUAACAGAGGCAAUAACAGAGGCAAUAACAGAGGCAAUAACAGGGGCGUCAACAGGGGCAAUAACAGGGGCAAUAACAGGGGUAAUAACAGGCGCAACAACAGGAGUAACAACAGAGGCAACAACAGAGGUAACAACAGAGGAAACAAUAAUGGGGGCAACAAUGGCGAGGGCAAUAACAACGGGGACAACAACGGUAAUACAGUCAGAUGUAACUUCAGAAAGCAGGGUCGUUCUAUGUGCACAUCGUGCACCUCAGCCCGCCGUUGCAAUCGCAACAACGUUGGCAGGGAUAUCGAUUGCAGCGGAGAUACUCCAUACUGCAGGAAUGGCCGGUGUUCCAGAACAAAAGGGGCUCUUUGUAGCUCCACUGAUGAUUCUAAUGAAGGUUCUACUUCAUCUGGUGGAGGUUCCGGAUCGUCAUCCAGUUCGUCGGGUACGACCAAGUCGAAUGAUGAUGAGUCAGGAUCAUCUACCUCGUCAGGAUCAUCAGGCUCAUCAAGUUCAUCAGACUCCUCGGACUCAUCGGAUUCUGAUUCUGACUCUUCCGGCUCUUCAGGAUCGUCUAGUUCGUCAUCCUCGUCUAGUACUACAACUUCAUCAGGCGACGAUGAUUCAGACACCACCAGUACUAAAGACUCAGACACAACUAGCACUAGCACAACAAGCUCAGGCACGACUACUACGACGAGCACGACUGAGUCAUCUAGUGACUCUGACUCAGAUAGUGACUCUGACUCAUCUAGCUCUUCUAGCACCAGUUCUUCUACUUCAUCUGACUCUACCAGCACGUCAGGCUCCACCAGUACUACUAGUACAUCAGGUUCAACAAGCACUACCAGCACUUCAGACUCUACUAGUACGUCUGGCUCAACUAGUACAACUAGUACAUCUGACUCUACUAGCACCUCAGACUCGACCAGUACCACUAGUACAUCCGAUUCUACCAGCACGUCUGACUCAACGAGCACUACAAGUACUUCAGACUCUACUAGUACGUCUGACUCAACCAGUACUACUAGUACAUCUGACUCGACCAGUACGUCAGAUUCAACUAGUACUACUAGCACAUCUGAUUCAACUAGCACCUCAGACUCGACCAGUACUACAAGUACAUCGGACUCAACCAGUACGUCAGACUCAACCAGUACAAGCACUACAACGGACUCGACCAGUACGUCAGACUCAACCAGUACAAGCACUACAACAGACUCGACCAGUACGUCAGACUCAACCAGUACAAGCACUACAACGGACUCAACUAGUACGUCAGAUUCAACCAGUACUACAAGUACAUCGGACUCAACCAGUACGUCAGACUCAACCAGUACAAGCACUACAACGGACUCGACUAGUACGUCAGAUUCAACCAGUACUACUAGUACAUCGGACUCAACCAGUACGUCAGACUCAACCAGUACAAGCACUACAACGGACUCGACUAGUACGAGUACAUCUAGUACAUCUGAUUCUACCAGUACCUCAACCUCAACUUCCACUUCAACUUCGACUUCGACUACCAGUAGCUCGUAAAAUACCAUACUAUGAGAGGAAGACGAACGACCGUUACGAGCCUUUACCAACCGCAAGUCUGACGGACAUGAAAAUAACUAUUAUAUAUAUACUGUAUU